AUGGCUGGGCGCGCGCGGGAACAGGGCCCGUCCUUCUGCUGGCGGGCGGGCGGGAGCGGGCGGGAGAGCCUGACCUGCGGGCAGCUGCUGCAGGCGGCCAGCGGCGAGGGCCACUUUCUGGUGCUCCUGAGCAACGGCGAGGUGCGGGCCAGCGGGGACAACAGCCGCGGUCAGUUGGGCGUCCGGGGCGGAGCGCGCGAGGAGCCAGUACCCAUCUGGGCAGCGAAGACUCUACAGUUUGCCCUGGUGAGCUGUGGCAAGGAGCACUGCCUGGCCGUGGACCAUAGAGGGAGAGUCUACGCGUGGGGCUCCGGCUCCGAAAGGCAGCUGGGGAUCGGAGAAGACACCGCCAGCACCAGCAGCGAUAUUCCCAGGUUAAUACAAAGUCUGAGAGGUAGAAAAAUAAUACAAGUUUCCUGUGGAGACCAUCACUCUCUGGCAUUGACAGAAGGUGGGCAGCUGUUUUCCUGGGGCAGCAAUAGCCAUGGGCAGCUGGGCUUGGAGAAGAAGGACCUCUUCCAGGCUGAACCCAGUCCGGUCCUGUCUCUGCAGGGAGUCCCCCUGGCACAGGUGGCUGCGGGCGGGGCCCACAGCUUUGCACUGUCCCUCUCCGGGACGGCCUUCGGCUGGGGAAGCAACUGUGCCGGGCAGCUGGCCCUCAGCGAUCAAAAUGCAGGGCCGAGAUACAGCCCAUGGGCCGUGGGGGCCCUGAGGAAUUUGGGCGUGGAGUUCAUCAGCUGUGGGGGCCAGCACACGGCAGUGCUCACACAGGAUGGGAAGGUGUUUACAUUUGGCGACAACACCUACGGCCAGCUGGGACACAGCUCAGCCGAAAGAGGCCCGCAGCCUGUGGAGGGCCUCAGUGGCUCCGUCUCGCAGAUCGAUUGUGGAAGUAAGCACACCCUUGUCUAUGUCUACACCACCGGUGAGGUGGUGUCUUUUGGUUGUGGACCAAGUCACACAAGCAACCCAUCUCCUCCAGAAGCGCUGGCCGAGAACGCGAACACUAACUGCCUGAUCUCUGCUGCUGAAUCCGUGAAUGUCAAGCACAUUUUUGCUGGAACAUAUGCCGACUUUGUGACGACUUACCAGGAUGAAAGUACAAGUAUUUCUAAGAAGACCCUACCAGAAAUAAGCAGAAUUAACAACUCCCUGACAAAUAAAUGGAUUUCAGCGAUAAAUUCAAAGAAGAAGGGAGUUGAGAGUGAAAUUGAAGCAAUCUUUUCAUCUCCUGCUUGUCUGACUGCAAGUUUUUUAAAGAAAAGGAAACCAGAAGAAUCCGUUUCCAUCGAUGUAGACCUACAGAGGGCAAGAGACACCUUCACGAGGUUGGCAGGAAACAAGAAGAUCUCUGCCAUGAUGACUAGCAGUCUCAAGAAACUGGUUCAAGAUCUUCCUUAUCGUUCACAACACCAGGAAGCGUUGUUGCUUUUCCUUCUGCUCCCAGAAUGUCCUGUGAUGCAUGAACCAAGUAACUGGGACAGUCUCGUCGUUCCAUUUGCAAAAGCUGUUUCUGACAUGUAUCCCGAGUCUUCAACCAUUCUGCAGCGGUUGUGGAAGUCAUUGCCACAGUCUACUCUCAACACACUGGUCCAGAUGCUCAAGACCACCUUCAUCUAUCAAAUAGGUCACUGGCCAUGGUACCUUCAAGACACCCUCAAAGCUCUGUUGGAAACGAUGAAAGAAGUCUACAAGGCAAACAAGGGAGCUACUUGUCAGCUGCCGGAAAGUGCUUUCUACAUAAACCAGCUCCAGGAUGGUCUGGAUUUUCUUGGCGAUAGACGUCGCGCGCUCGUAAGAAAACAAAAUAUGCUUGAAGGUGUUGACAGUAUUCUUGUUUUCAGUGAUUAUCUAUUCAUCUUUGAUUUGAUUUCCAAAAUUAAAUUAUGGCAAGCCGACUGCUAUCUUACAAUGGAGGAGACAGUGCAGCUAGAAAGGCAGUGUUUUCACAAAAAUUUGGAGUCCCCUCCAGUUCCACGUGACAGUUUUGAUCUCAGUGUCAGAAAAAGUCACCUAGUUGAAGAUGCCCUGCGUUACUUAAGAGUUGCUAAAGUGACUCAUCUCCGGAAACCAUUAGCGGUUGGAUUUAUUGGAGAAACUCGUCCAAAAUAUGGAGGGGUGGUGUCCGAGUUCUUCAAGGCUGUGUUCGAAAGGAUGACGGAGAGCAGCUAUGGCAUGUUCACAUAUCCCAAAAAGGGGUCCUGUAUGUGGUUUCCUGCCAAUGACCCAAAAGGAGAAAGAGAGAGAGAACAAAAGGGAAUGCCUUGCCACCGAGACAGGCCUGUAGUGGAGAAGGAGAGGUAUUACCUCUUUGGAAUUCUCUGUGGACUUUCUUUAUACAAUGUAAAAGUUGCCUAUAUUCCAUUCCCACUGGCUUUGUUUAAAAAACUUUUGGGCCAAAAUCCAUCACUGGAAGAUUUAGAAGAACUCAGUCCUGUAUUGAGAAGGAAUUUGCAAGAAGUUCUAAAUUGUGAAGGUGACGACAUUGAAAAUCUCCACUUAGACUUUAAUGUACACUGGGACCAAAAUGAUGUGGAUUUAAUUCCGAAUGGGUCAACUAUACUUGUGGACCAGACCACGAAGGACAGAUACGUUUCUGAGUACGUCAAUUACAUUUUCAACACGUCCGUGGAGGUGGUUUAUAAGGAGUUUCAGAGAGGAUUUUACAGAGUCUGUGACGAGAGCUUAAUUAGGCGACUGUUCAAGCCAGAAGAACUAAGGCAAGCGAUGAUUGGAAAUACUGAUUAUGAUUGGAAACAGUUUGAAAAGAAUUCAGUAUAUUCCGAAAAUUCAGGCUACUCCCCAUCACAUCCCACUAUCAAAAUGUUUUGGGAGGUGUUCCACAAACUGUCUUUGGAGGAAAAGAAGAAAUUUCUUUUUUUUCUUACAGGAAAUGAUAGGUUACAAGCAAGUGGCAUGAGGAAUAUUGGAAUCCUUUUUCGCUCUCCUGAGCUUUUUUGUGAAAGUGAUAACAUGAGAUCGCUGAUAUGUUACAAUAUUCUGGAUCUGCCCAAAUAUUCUACAAAGAAGAGAAUGAAGGAAGCACUUCUGGUCGCCAUCAACAACAACACAGGCUUUGAUCCUACCAUAUCGUGACCAUGACCUCCCUCUCGUGACUCUGGCUUCGGGAUUCUUCUUUCUUCCUUAGAGACUGCGUGUAGAUAGACUUGGUGUAUUUUACUUAAGUUAUUGAUAAAUGUUGGAAUAAACAAUAAAGUGAUAAAUCAAGGA